CCGCGUCCUCGGCCAUUGUUUUUCUCUUCUACUGGCACCAAAUAAAGUUUCUUCAUUCAAAAGCAGUUUUUUAAUCCACAUCCCUCCCUUUCUCAGCUCCUCCCCCGCGCCUGCACCGCCUCCUUUCCUGCGGCGAGUGAAACCCGAGCGUUGGCGUGGGGAGCGCGGAAGGCGAUGGCGGGGCAUCCGGUGUCUCUCUCGGCACGGGACGUAGGGUCAUUUGCAUAUCUUACAGUUAAAGACAGAUUACCACAGAUCUUAACCAAGGCUAUUGAUACAUUGCAUCGACAUAAAAGUGAAUUUUUCGAGAAACAUGGAGAGAAAGGCCUGGAAGCUGAAAAGAAAGCAAUUUCUCUUCUUUCUAAAUUACGGAAUGAAUUGCAAACAGAUAAACCAAUUGUUCCUUUGGUUGAGAAGUUUGUUGAUACUGACCUAUGGAAUCAGUACCUAGAAUAUCAACAGAGCCUUUUAAAUGAAAGUAAUGGAAAACCAAGGUGGUUUCUCUCACCGUGGUUGUUUGUAGAAUGCUACAUGUAUCGAAGAAUUCAUGAAGCAAUUAUCCAAAGUCCACCAAUCGACGACUUUGAUAUAUUUAAAGAAUUAAAAGACCAAAAUUUCUUUGAGUCUCAGGAAUCUAUCAUUGCUUUAUGUACUCAUCUGCAAGAGUUGAUGAAAACUAUUGAAGACCUAGAUGAAAAUCAGCUGAAAAAUGAGUUUUUUAAAGUUCUUCAGAUUUCACUGUGGGGAAAUAAGUGUGAUCUGUCUCUAUCAGGUGGGAAAACUAUUUCUCAGAAGAUCAAUUUAAUAAACUCUUUGGAAGACCUAAAACCUUUCAUUUUAGUGAAUGACAUGGAACAUCUUUGGUCAUUGCUUAGCAAUUGCAAAAAAAAAAGAGGAAAAGCAGCUAUUACUCGAGUGGAUGUUGUUCUGGAUAAUUCUGGGUUUGAACUUGUUACAGAUUUAGUAUUAGCUGACUUACUGUUGUCCUCUAAACUGGCUACUGAGAUCCAUUUUUAUGGGAAAACGAUUCCAUGGUUUGUUUCUGAUACUACUCUACAUGAUUUUAACUGGAUAAUCAAACAACUAAAACAUUCUAAUCAUAAGUGGGUGUCCAAAUGUGGGGUUGACUGGGAAAACCAUAUUAAAAUGGGCAGAUGGGUUUACCUCGAUCACAUGUUUUGGACUCUGCCUCAUGAAUUCAGUGCAAUGCCUCAAGUCGCUCCUGACUUAUAUGCUACACUACAAAAGGCACAUUUAAUUUUAUUUAAGGGUGAUUUGAAUUACAGGAAGUUGACGGGGGACAGAAGAUGGGAAUUUACCGUUCCAUUUCAUGAGGCUUUGAAUGGCUUCCACCCUGCACCUGUCUGCAGUAUAAGAACAUUAAAAGCUGAAGUUCAGGUUGGUCUGCAGCCUGGGCAAGGGGAACAACUCACAGCUUCUGUGCCCAACUGGUUGACCAUUGGGAAAUAUGGAAUAUUUCAGUUUGAUGGUCUACUUUGACUUGCUGUAGGAACUCUCAGUUGGGUAGGAAGAUCUGACAGUCACUCUUCAUCCCCAGAAAAGCUCUGGGAAGGUGGGCUUCUCAGUGCUCUUUGACACACACACUGACGCUUUCUCCUUUGAACGUUUUGCCCCGCUACAUUGUUUUGGGGAUAGGUGGAUUACACUGGUUACAGAUAGUUACAUUUAUGUUGGAAUUUUAGUAACUUAUUUCAAGUUAAAUGCAUCAUUUCAAAUGGUUUUAAUGAGCUUAUUUUCAAUUGGGCAGACAUAUAAGUGAAUUCUGCUUUAAAAGUUAACAUUUUAAAAAAUACUGUGCUGCAUGGUAUUUAAUAUUCUAGGAGGCAUGGAAUUUUACUCAACUUGAUUUUGGGCUCUAGAGAUAAGGGCUCAGUGAAGAUAUAAUAUAUUUACAUGUUAAAUAUGCUUUGUAAAGAGAGGCAUUUCUUAACAACUGUGAUAUCUGAACACACGAAAGUAAAACUUACCUCAUAAGUUAAUUCUUAAUUUUGUUCUCCUUGAAUUUUAUUUCAUUUCAAAAACCUGUAUUAUUUGCACGCAUUUGUAUUUUGAUUGACCUGUAGAAUGGAUGGUAGGAAACACAAAAUUGAAAAGAAUGAAACAAAUAGUACUUGAAGAAAUGUAAUAUCUUUUACAGUAAUUCUAUUUGUGAUGUCCAUAAUCAACUGAAGUAUAUUAUUUUAACACAUACAUGUUUUAAAUGAAUGGGAUUGCCCUACAGUUUAAAAAAAAUGCUUUAGGUAGGAAAGAUUCUUCUGCAUUGACUUUGUACUACCAAUGAGUUAAUUCACCUUUUAUAAUCUUACACAUUUAUUGGUGAUCACAGCUAUUAAAGACUAAGUUUCAGGUCAGUUUGUUUUGAAACUGAAAUUGGAAAUAAACCUGGGAACGUUUUCUUGCACCAGAAUAAUAAAAUGAAUUGUAAAUUGUACUGAAAAUCUCACUGGUUUUAUCUUCCAGUGGGGGAAGGUCAAGAAGGGAAGAUUAAAAAUGAGGUCUUUAUGACGAAGAAACUCAUAAUGUAUAUUAUAGAUGUUGUCCAAGCAGUUGUUAAAUUAUGUCACUUAAAUGAAGUGAUAGUCUGUGCCCUUGCUAAGUGCUUAAAAUUGUUUUGGUAAAAUGUUUAUAUAAAGCUGCACAUUUUGGAUUUACUCAUUUCCUUAUCUACAUGUGUUCCUGUUUUAAACAUUGUUACUAAAAUACUGAGCACGUGAGAAUUACUUGUAGACACUUGCCAUAAACUAGAAGACAAUUGUACAUUUGUAUUGACUUCAUAGCCACAGCAGGAGCUAUGGUAUAAUACAUUACUUUUUUCCAAAGCAUGGGAUUUUGUUUCUAUGUUCAUGUUUUAUUAAGAACAUGAGAUUAUGAGGAAGUAGUUCACCCUCUCCUACAAGAAAGAGAGCAAGGAAGCAAACUAGAGCCAGCAAGAAGUUGGCACCAUGGGAGAGGAAGUCAAGGCGGCACUUUAAAAAAUGCUUAUUUAGCAGGAGGGAGGGGCCUCUUGGAGUUUCACCAGUUGAUUUUUUUUUUUAAUAAUUUUUAUUUUUUAUCUUUAUUUUUGGCUGCUUUUGGGUCUUCGUUGCUGCACGUGGGCUUUCUCUAGUUGCGGCGAGCGGAGGCUACUCUUCCUUGUGGUGCGCGGGCUUCUCAUUGUGGUGGCUUCUCUUGUUGUGGAGCACGGGCUCUAGGCAUGCAGGCUCAGUAGUUGUGGCUCGCGGGCUCAGUAGUUGUGGCUUGGGGACUCUAGAGCGCAGGCUCAGUAGUUGUGGCACACGGGGUUAGUUGCUCCGUGGCAUGUAGGAUCCUCCCAGACCAGGGCUCGAACCCGUGUCCCCUGCAUUGUCAGCCCUUAACCAGCAUUCCUGAGAUAAAAUUCACACACAGUUCAUCCAUUUAAAGUGUACAGUAUUUUAGUACAGUAUGUUCACAGAGCUGUGCCCCCAUGACCACAGUCUAAUUUCGGAAAGUUUUACAUUCUCUAAAAGAAAUGCUGCACCCGUUGGUAGUCACUCCCCAGCCCCCUCUCCUCAGCACUUGGCAACUAGUAAUCUGUUUUCCGUCUGUCGAUUUACCGCUUGUAAGAUGUAUCAGUACUUCAUUCCUUUUUUUUUCCUGAAUAAUAUUCCAUUGUAUGGAUAUACCAUAUAUGGGUCUACCAUAUUUAUCCAUUCAUGAGUGAAUGGACAUUUGGUAUGUUUCCACUUUUUGACUAUUAUGAAUAAUGCUGCCAUGGACAUUCAUGUACACGUGAUUGUAUGUAUGUGUGUUUUCAGUUCUCUUGGGUAUGUACCUAGGUGUAACAGUGCUAGAUCCUGUGGCAGUUACAUUUAACAUUUUGAGCGACUGCCAGACUCCCAAAGUGUUUGCAGUGUUCUACAUUCCACAUGAGGGCUCCAAUUCUACAUCCUUGUCAGCACUUGUUAUUGUCUGUGAUUUUCAUUAUAGCCAUGCUACUGGGUGAGAAGCAGUAUCUCACUGUGGUUUCAAUUUGUAUUUCCCUGGUGUUGAACAUGUUUUCAUGUGUUUAUCGGUCAUCUGUAUAUUUUUGGAGAAGUGUCUUCAAUUCUUUUCUCCAUUUAAAAAUUAGAUUAUCUUUUGUCGUAAGAGUUUUAAUUUUUAAAAUUAUGUUAUUUUUGGCCAUGUUGCCAUUCGUCAUGCAGGAUCUUAGUUCCCCGACCAGGUAUCAAGCAAGCCCUUGCCCCCUGUGGUGGAAGUGCAGAGUCUUAACCACUGGACAGCCAGGGAAGUCCCAAGAGUUUAUGUUUACUUAUUUUUUAUUGUAAGAGUUCUUAUAUCUUUUGCAUACAAGUCCCAUCAGAUAUAUAAUUUGCAAAUAUUUUCUCCCAUUCUAUGGGGUGUCUUUUUGUUUGCAGCACAAAAGUUUUACGUUUUCACGAAGUCUUCUUUAUAUUUUUUGUUUCUCUUUUGUUGGAAAACACUGGUUUUUGAACUGCUUCUUAACAUCACCUAAGGGCCUCUGAAAUGAGGGCUGGAGACACCCAAUGGACAGGGCUCUGCCUGUCGCCUUCUCCUGCUUCCCCACCUGUUUCUACCCCAGCAGGUUUGGCCUAUAUAUUCUGUUUGGUGUAGGUACAGAGGAGCACGAUGAGGGAAGCUGGGGCUCUGGAGUCAGCUGGGGGUGAAGUUUCCACUGAAGAGCUGAGGGAUCUUGGGAAACUCCUAAAAUAGCAUCUUCAAUUGUUUCAACUGCUAACAAUACCAUACUUGCUUAAGUAUGAAGUAACUCCUGGGUAAAGCAGCCUAUAAAUUUCAUGCAACCCUUUUUUAGCAAGACAUAGAUCCAGUAUCUUAGGUAUAUUAUGAUGAAAAUGUGGAUGAAGGGCAGGUAAAUAAUUAGGUGGAGGAUGGCGGUUUAUACUCCAUUGAUUUAUGUUACUUUUUGUGUUUUUUUGUUUGUUUGUUUGCGGUACGCAGGCCUCUCACUGUUGUGGCCUCUCACUGUUGUGGCCUCUCCCGUUGCGGAGCACAGGCUCCGGACUCAGUAGUUGUGGCUUGGGGACUCUAGAGCGCAGGCUCAGCAGCCAUGGCUCAUGGGCCCAGCCGCUCCGCAGCAUGUGGGAUCUUCCCGGACUGGGGCACGAACCCAUUUCCCCUGCAUCGGCAGGCAGACUCUCAACCACUGCGCCACCAGGGAAGCUCUAUGUUACUUUUUGAUUAAACAUCAAAUGAACAAGAUUUCUUGAGAUGACCCAGCUUUUUUCUGUAGUUCAAGGUGGCAUUUUGGUGUUUGAUAAAAUGCAGUAAUGCUUUUGAACUUUUUAAUAGCCAGAACCCAUGUUGUUCAACCUCAAGGUCACGUUUCUAUAAAAGAAAUUCCCACUGCAAAAGGCAAUACCAACGUAAUUCAAACCAUUUUCUUAGAUUUUAAGAAAACCCUAGGGUGAAUUGAAAACACAGUUCAGAGUUAGAAUUAUUAAAAUUUCCUCUCCCACCCAUUUUCCUAACAGCUCCCUCCGCCCAAUCCCUCACUGAGCCUUGUUCUGGGCCUCUAACUCCACAAAGCUUUCUCCCCUCUACUCUCCUAUUUCCCUGGACUGGGUGUGGGGAGUCGAGGAGACUCUGAACACUUCUACACAUGCGUGUCUUACCACCAUGAUAAAGUGCUAAUGCAGUGUCUGACAUUUAUGGUAUGUGAUAAAUGAUAUCCUGACAUUACAGAAAAUGAAUAAAGCAGAGGGAAAAAAUGAGAAAAAUAAUAAGGAUGUUAUUCCACCACCUCCAAUACUCCUGUUAAGAUUUGGAUGUAUUUCUCCGUCCCUAGACAUAUUUUUUACAUUUUUAAGACAAAAAACAAAAACCAGGUUUGUACUAUUUAAAUUAAAAAAAAAUUCUGAAGUGGUUUUCCAGCUUCUGAAGUUUUAGUUUCGUUAAUUGGUUUUGUUGUUGUCAUUUUACUUUUGUAAUUUUUGUCUAGUUUGCUAUAAUUAGUUCCGGCUGGAGGGAUGGAAGAUUUUUUUUUCCCCUUGGAUAACAGUAUGACCUGGGACUUAAUAAUGAUCUGGGACUCAUAAAUACUUGAUUGCUAAUGCCUGGUCUCCUGUUAACUCCGUGACCUAAGUCAUAUUCUCACAAUUUUACUGGAAAAGGAGAAGUUAUUUCUGGUCAACUUGAACUACAUUCAAUCGCAAACCCAGAUUCCCCUAGGGAAACGGGCGUCACGCUGAAAGAUAUCAGCAUUCUGGCAUCCCCUAGCGGCCACUUGAGUAUUCCAUGAACCCUGAUUUUUCCCCUUCAUUUGUAAACUACAGAUACUGUUGGGAGUGGAGUUAGUAUACUCUAAGCCAUCCAAUCAGAGGCCACUGUUCACCUGGUUUUCCUAGCUUCCUGCUUUUCUUUGGUGGGUCACAUUUCCCCCUUUCAGUUUAUUUAACAUCCACCUCGCUCUCAGACCUUCCAGAAUUUUGGAGAAAGGAAAACUAGUUCUUAGGGAAGACACUUCUAAAAGUGUUGAAUCCCAUCAGUUGUACAUUUCUUGGGGGCAGCCACUGACUUCUGUGUGUUUGCUCCCCACACAACGUAGAGCACAGAGUAGGUGUUCAAUGAAUGACUGAUUGGUAGGUGACAAAUUCUAGCACUUGAAAUAAUUUUCUUAACCCCCUGAUGUGAUGCUAUUUAAAUUGAAGUCUGAAGGAUGAAAUGGGUCUACUUGAAAGUCUGAUCAAUUAGACCAGUUGGUGCUUGUUAAAUGAAUAAAGAAAUGCAUGUUAUAUAAUUGGGUGUUUUCCAUAAAUGUAUACAUCUUUGAAUACUGCUUUAUCCCUUCAGUAUUACAUUGUGCUCAGUUUCCCAUUUGUUAAUUCUUCAAAAAUGUGACUUUUCAUGGCUUGCAAACAUUUCAUCAUAUAGCUAGAUCAUAUUUUGUUUUGCUACGUAGAUUGUUCAGAAUCUUUGCUAUUAUAAAAGAAGCUGAUAUGAACAUCUUCAGACAACUCGUACCCAUUAAGCUUUGCAAGUCUUCAGUAACGGAGAAUUAUUUGAAGCCACCCAAUUAUUCUAGUCCUAGAAUAGUGCUUGUAUUAGGCUUUUAGCCCCAAACUCUCAACAUUGAGUAAUUGCUUUAUAUGAGAAGGAAGGUCACUUUUUGCCUUACUUUAAAAAAAAAUUCAGGGACUUCUCUGGCAGUCCAGUGGUUAAGACACUGCACUGCCACUGCAGGGGGCACGGGUUCGAUCCCUGGUCGGGGAACUAAGAUCCCACUUGUUGCGCAGCCAAAAAGAAAAAUAAUAAUUCAUAAUAUAUGUCAUGCUGAUGACUUUCAAUCCUGCUUGAGUUCAAUACAAAGUUUAGGCACAAGGGGGAGAUCCCUUAGCACGGUAAAGUGGCUGGAUUUUUCUUCUGUACUAUUUAGAAUGCCGAUUUCAGCAAGAAAAUCUGGCAGAGUAUAAUAUUAAUUGUUGACUGCACACAUUCUUGUGGUUUCAACUUUAAAAUCAUUAUGCUGGAGCAAGGAUUUGGUAAAACACAGUAAGGUCAAUGACAACAAAACUGUGUCCUCCUUCCUUUCUUGGCUGAAAUUUUCUGUAUACAUAUAAUGUUUGUGACCCAAUGUUACAGUGGUUUAUCAUAGAAGUAUAUCAAAAUAGGUGAAUUUGAAAAUAAAAUUCAGGAAAAGUGGAAAAAAGAAACAAUUUUGUUAAUAAUGUAGAAAAGUCACCCAAGAAAAAACUUUGUAAGAAAAUAAAAAUAAUUGCUUGUCACUUCACUUAAACUUUGCUUGAAGGAAAGAAGCAAAACUGUACUUGUUUCCUUAUUUUGCUAAUUGUAACACAGCAAGUUAAUUUUUACCAUGAUUCAGAAAAUUUAAAGGAACUAAUAUUCCAAUUCAAUCUUACAUUUAGGGAGAUACAAAUUGGGCUUGGUAUACCUCCAAUGCAGAAAUUCUGCAACUGGGGUCUAGGGGGUUCAGCAGAUAGAAUUGAGGUGGUCUGUAAGCUUGGGUGAGAAAAAAUUUCAUCUUUAUUUUCAUUAAUCUCUAAUUGAAAUAUAGUAUUUCCUUUAAUAUUGAAUAUGGGCCAUAAACCUCAGCAAUAUUAGCAGUACCUGUACUUUCGUCAACUGCAAAAAUCACAAGUUUUUUCAUAUUAUAUUACAGUUACUUCAACUAUCUUGAAUUAUUGUUUCAUCAUUACAUCAAAAAUUUAGAUGCUUUACCUGGAGAAGUUCAUGGCACAAAAACAGUUAAUACCUGCUCUUACUUUUCUCCUUUUCUUUCAGUUUUCUUUCUUUUUCACAG